GGACAAACAAAUAUAAAGUAUCUAUCGGUUCACGGAAAUACACCAUUUAUACUCAGCAAUUGACUUCCCGUCCUUGAAACGCAGUGCAACAAAAGAAACAUGGAGUACUACAAAGAAACGUGGAAGCUGGAAGCGACACCAGAGAAGAAGCUGGAUGUGCUGAUUGUCGGAGCUGGCAUAGCAGGUCUUGCCACUGCCAUUGGGCUUCGACAGUCGGGACACAAAGUCCGCGUUCUGGAGCAGGUCCAGGAGAUUGCAGAAGUGGGAGCCGGGAUCCAGAUGGCACCCAACAAUAUGCGUAUCCUCGGCCGCUUCGGUAUCCUUCCAGAGAUUGUCAAGUACUGCAGUUUCAUGAAGAACAAUUCCCUUCGCCGAUGGCAAGACAAUAGUGAAUUGGGCACCGCGCCUCUCAUGCCCGCCAUUGCAGAAAAGUACGGUGCUCCGUUGGGCGCAAUUCACAGGGGUGAUUUACAAAGAGUCUUGUUGGAAGCGGCCAAAGCCUCGGGUGCCGAAAUUCUCACUAAUCACAAAGUCAUCAAAGUCGACGAUGAAUUUGCUGGAAAAGUGCAAUUGAAGAGCGGCGAAUGGCUGCAAGGCGAUUUGAUCGUGGCUGCUGAUGGCAUCAAGUCGCACAUUAGAGCCCAGAUCGCUGAGCACCACAACCACAAGGACCAUGCGACACCUACUGGGGACGCCGCGUAUCGGAUCAUGAUACCAAAGGACAAGCUGGAACACGAUGAAUAUGCUUUGCAACUGCUGCAAUCAGGAACAGGUAUGAGGUGGAUGGGACCAGGCGGUCACAUCAUGGCAUAUCCAGUCAAGAACAACACCGUCUACAAUAUGGUACUCCUCCAUCCCCAAAAGACUCCAGACCAAGACGCCGCCGAAGAGUCCUGGACGCGCAAAGGCGACAAAAAAGAAAUGUUAGAUUUCUACAAAGCCUGGACCCCCGAAGUCCAAAACCUCCUCUCCUACGUCCCCGACGGCGACGUCAUGGAAUGGACUCUGAAUUCGCACACUCCCCUCCCGUCCUGGAUCGAAAACAAAGUCGUUUUAAUCGGCGACGCCAGC